UGAUCAUGGCGACGGUUCUUUUGAGGGAUCGGCUGAGCUUCUUGAGUCGGCUACCCACUCUGAUCAAAGGCACUUCAGAUGAUGAGAUCCCAUGCCCAGGAUACUUGUUUGAAGAAAUUGCCAAGAUCUCUCAUGAAUCAGCAGGAAGUAGUCACUGUCUCUUGGAGUACCUCCUCAACCGCCUUCAGAUCAACUCAUGCCAUGUCAAGCUGAAGGUACUUAAGAUCCUCCUGUACAUGUGCACCCAUGGCUCCUCGCACUUCCUUAUGCAGCUCAAGCGGAAUUCUUCUUUCAUCCAAGAAGCCACAGUCUUCUCUGGGCCCCCUGAUCCUCUCCAUGGCAACAGUUUGUAUCAGAAGGUUCGGAUGACUGCACAGGACCUGGCGAGCACCUUAUUUUCAGAUGCCUUGUUGCCUCAGUCUGCUGCUGCUCAGCCAUUGAAAGAGCUGCCUUCAACAGGAAUGGGCUCCAGGCCCAGCCCUCACAGCUCCCUCCAAGGCUUUGGUUUUGAAAGAAGCAGCUCCACAUCCACAGGCAAAGUUCUUCUGGCCUCCAUCCAGAAGGCUGCUGAAGUGGUUGCUAGUGCCAUGCUCCCUGGUCAGGAGCUUGGCAGCCCUCAAGGUCGGGAACUGAAGGAAGAUGCAUACGAGCCGGUGAUGGCACCCUCUCUUUGCAAAAGCUGUGUGCUACCUGUGAAGCUGCCCACUGUUGUAGCCCAGAACAUGAGAGUGAAACAUCAGCCAGGGCAAGCAGGAGGGGGUUGGGAGGAGUUGGACAGCGGACAAAGCUCCGAGAAUUCCUUGCAAGGAAACAACGAGCAAAGCAGGAUGUCAGAUUCCUACAGCAAGUCAAGCAAUGACAAUCACCCAUUCACCCUGGAACCGGGGAGUGUUGCUGAAAGAACAGAAGCAGAAAACCUUGGCGACUGCCUGCAAGAAGUGAGGCUUGUCAGCAGCCUCACUCAGGGCUCCAAAGUUUUCCUGACUCGUGAGGAGACCCAGCACUUCCUCAAGAAGUGUGGGCUACUGAAUUGUGAAGUGGUCUUGGCUAUGCUCAACCGAACCCUGAAGGACCCCAGUGAGUGCAUCCGCAUGAGGGCCAUGUGUGCCAUCUAUUCCCUGAUGUGUUCUGACCUGUUCUCCCAUGAUCAGAUAUUUGCCAUUACCCAACAGCACUUGCAGGAACUCAGUCAAGAGUGCCCUGGGCCUGUAGCCAACAAAGCCACAAAGAUCUUGCGUCACUUUGAAGCACUGUGUAGGAGCCACCCCACUUCCAAGAACCCUUCCCGCGCCGUCAACCUCUUUGUCCCUACCGGAACCCCAGCCAAGUGUCCUGCUGAUCUGCUGACUGACCCAAUGCUUUUUGCAGGAGAGACUGUCCUCGAGCCUACAAGCCUGGCACCUCUGCCCUCCCAGGCACCUAAUACUCUUGCAAGUGUUAUGCGCCUUUCAGAAGGAUCAUUGCCAGAAUCUGGCUCCUGUAAACAGCUGGAUGACUUGUCCCCUACUCUGCACCAAGAGGAGGAAGAAUGCAGACUUCCAGGCCCUGAGCCCCAGGAGGACAGACCUGCAAGGGGGGAUCCAGAUGGAACUGUUUCACUGUUUGCUGGCAUGGAGCUGGUAGCGCCCUCAAGCAUGAUGCUGGCUGAUGCUGCUGAGCCAGAAUGUACUACAAUUUCGCGGACAGCAUCUUGCACUGGGAACACUAGAGACAGCAAGGACAGCCAAGAACUGUCUGUUUUCUCCUUUCUCAAUGUGUAGCAGUUCCUGUUGCAGAUUCAACUGUGGGGCAGGUGAGCUGGUACCUCUGCAUACCAGAGGUACCAGUUGAUAUCUUGCCAGCUCUUUGGUAUGUCUUGGUUUUUUGCUUCCUACAUGUGUGUCUAGCCAGGCAGUUCUUGUGCAAUGUGCUGCCCUUUUGUUUAUGCUGCUGCUCAUUCCUGAAAAAGGGGAGUGAUAUACAUCUAUUCUAAUACCUCUAUCCCUUAUACCUCUAUCCCUUAUACCGCUACUCUAUUCCUGUUUGGUGAACUGCAAGGGUAAAAGAGGAGAACUGACUCCCUUAAGUUUUUUUAUAAGUCUUGGAAGUAUUUGUGCUGUGCAUGAUUACAACAACAAGACAACAUGUCUCCUGCAGCAGGGAUAGAAAUAUCUGCUUUUCCCUUUCAAAUUGUGCCCGACUUUUAAAAAAAUAGGCUUCAUUAUUCAUACUGUUUUGACUGCUCCGACUUACCCCUCCCAAACAGUUUCACGCUUUCUUCCCUUCUUGUGAGCUGAGAUUCUCAUGGUACAAAAUGGGAAGACCUAAAAGGCCUUUCAACACACUGAUUUGUUUCUGUUUCUAUGGAGACAUUCUGUGAAGAAAAGCUAAAUGGAAAGGACUUGUCCUAGUUAGCUGCCUCUGACAUUCUUGAGUUUAUUUAAGGUUAGCUGUUCUAAAGCCUCCAGUGAUCCCAGUAUAUUGUGUAAACAGAUGGCUUUUAAAGUUGUCAGAUACCAAAGCUUGAACUAGAGCUAAUGUUAGUAAAACUUGGAUGUGGACAGAAUGGACAGGUAAUACCAAAGCUGUUUUCAACAUCUGCAUGAAGGUGGGGUUUGGACAUACAAAUCAGCAGAAAUUUGAUCACAUAUAGAAAACUGCCUUAUACUGCAAGGAUCCCCAACACUUUACAGCCUGUAGGAACAUUUAUAAUUCUCAACAACACAGAUAACCAACUGUGAAUACAAACUAUAAUCCAAAAUCAUUCCAAAAAUAUACCUUCUCUACUAGGCAAUUUAGUCACAAUAAAAAUGAUCACAAUUCUAUUGCAUAUACUCAGUAACUGCAUCUAGUACAAUAGGACAUCCAACUUGUAACUUUAGUGACAAAUUGCAACUUAUAUUCCGCCAGUCAUAAACAUAUGAUGAGACACAUAAGCUCCUACUUGUAUGUGGAAGAAUUCCAAACACACUGAGCAUGGUUUUAUAACCAUCCUUAUUGGCAAAAGUGCUAAUCUCAACCUGUUAUGCCAUACAACCGCAGCACCUUGUGGAAUUCUGACGUGCCAUAGUGGGCGCUAUUACAAAAAUGGCUGCAUCGAAAAAGCAGAGUCAGCUACCACAGCUUAACUUCAGUAACAUAGUGCAGAUCCUUGUGCUGUGGUGGCAGCUGAUGCCAAAGCAGCAUUUUACAAAAUCUGCACAUGCAAUCAAAUCUCCAAUAAUCAGUCAGAACCUUAGCUGGCCAAAAGCCCUACCUGUCCCCAUCCACUUCCUAAAAACACUUGGUGGACUGCAUGUUGAGGACAUCUGUUGAUCUAUCUAGGUCAGUAUUAUUUUCUCUGUCAGAUUUCACAUCAACCACUUCCAGGUCAUUAAACUGAGCCUUAAGAUACUAGGUAUAGAAAAGUGUGGUGGGGCCUUGGCUCUAGUCUGUCUGGAAAAGACAUGGAAAACCUUUCCUCUCAUCAUUUCUGUGAAGGAGUUUUCUGUCAUUUGUCAAUAAGAAUGAGGAGAAAGCACUUUCAUACAUUCCUCAUGCCCAAGUUCCAGGGUUGUGCCUCCAUUCUGUGAGGCUCAAGGUCAGAACUGUAGUCUCCAAGAGCUCCUGGUAGGAUUGCCUCCUGCAUCCAGGCCAGUUCAUGAGACAUAAGCAUUCAGCAGGGAGCAUUCAUGUCAUCCAUGUUCUGAGUAGCCCCUGUACCUAGAAAGGUGGGUCUCUUGGCCAAAAUAUUGGCAGGCAAUUUAAAGUGGAACAGAUAGAUGGGGGGUGGGGGUGGGGUUGUAAUGUCCUUAGUGGUACCCUGUGGGUGCCUAUAACCUUAAGGCAACCUCCACUCACAAGAGCAAUAUCUUGGUAUAGUCCUGCUUAGUAUGUCACACAUUAGUUUCCCGGUAGCUAUAGUUAAGUCUUUGAGAAAGUGGCUCUCUGAUAACAAGAGUUUUAGCUGGGAUAAUGUCAGGUAAGUCUGUGGGUAUCGAAUGUACAGUCUGCCAAAGGGAAGCAGAAUGCCUAGAAUUAAGACCAUUAGAUAUCGGUGCUUGUCAGGGAGAUUAGCCCAUUAUUGUUUAACACUUUUGAACUAUUUAAACCUAGCUAGAAUCUAAGAUUGAAUUGCUUCCCAAACUUCAUGUGCUCUGAAUUGAUAGAGCUGUAUCAGUAAUUGAAGUUCAGUUUACGGUAUUGGAGAGGGGCCAUGGCUCAGUGGUAGAAUAUCUGCAUUGAAGAUCCCAAGUUCAAUUCCAGGACCCUCCAAUUGAAACGAAUCAGGUGGCCGCUGGCAGGAAAGAACUUGACCAGAGAACUGGGUGAGUUCCUACCAAUCAGAGAAGGCACUAGUGAUCUUGGUAUGGCAAUGGUCUGAUUCCAUAUAAGGCAAUGAGUCAAAUAUAUGUUUGAUCUCUGUAUUAAUGGGGAGGAAAAUCACCUAUAAUCAUAUACCACUUAGAUGUUUUCUAUAUCAUUUUUGACCCAUGGCACGUGUACAACUUUGGCCUCUGUUCAGCAUGGUUUCCAUUGAUGCCAUGUUCCCUCCCUCAUUAGUUUUGUACGUUUUUCUCCUUUCCCUUAGCAACUUUUUUUACAUACUCCUAAUUUUACCCCCCCCCCUUUAAUGAGUAGGCAUGGAUGGGAUACAAGGAGGUGCAUGGCUUGGGGUGACUUUGCAGCUCAUUAGUUAUUUGCAAAAACAAUAGAAGCUCAAAGCACAAACAAAAUCUCUUAACAGCCUAGACCAGUGGCUCCCAAAGUGGGCAGUGGGAUUACCUGGGGUGGUGUUAAGAGGCCAUAGAGUGGUAGGGGCACUGAAGGUGGGCCCCUUUGAUUGUGUUGUUCACUUAUUUAUGAUUGGCCAGGCGAGAACCUAGAUUCUGGCAAAAGGCACUUCAAGUUUCUGCUGGGUUUAUACAUCCUCACACACACUCAGAGGCGUACUGGGGGAAAUGGGGCCCAGAGACAUCUGUUCUCUGGGCUCCCCCGCUAUGCCUGGGGCAGGGCCCACCCUGAGCCCCACUCCCUCCCGGCUUCUGGUUCCAACAUGGGCGGGGCCGAGGGCACCAGAAGACAACAAGGCAGCAGGACUUCCUGCUGCCUUGCCAUCUUCCUGAUCACGUGGGGCCCAAUUUUGUGGGGCCCCCCCACGUGACCAGAUUAGUGGCGUCCAGGGACAGAGGGUACCCCAUGUCCCUAGGCAAAUACACCACUGAAAACACUACAGACAGAAUGGCAAAAAGGAUGGCAAGAAAUAGAGAUGGAAUGACAAAAGAGAUGACAAGACAGUGGAUAACAGAUUGAACUUGUUGAUUUUAACCCAGAAACACCACUGUCGGGUUUAAGGCACUGAGGAAAAUUUGGUUUAAAUUAUGUAGAGUGAGGACUGGACAUGGUGCUGUGGAUACUUGCAACAUGAAUGGGGCUGGAUCCAUUUCAAUGUGGACACCUGAAACAACCAGUAAACUAUAUAGCAAAGGAGUGUCCGCUGAUGGCAUACCAAACAUCUAUGUUGGAUUUUGCUUUUUUAACAGAAAAGUGCAGAAAUAUUUGGAAAAGCUUGAAAUUGAAAUAUGGUUUAAAAUUAGGUACAUAAAUUAUAUUCACAUUUUGAUUUAUUAAGAUUUUAAAGUGACUGAUGGAUAUGCAUUUGAUUGAAUUGAUCUGGAAUACAAAGCAAUGGCAUAUGAUAAUCAGAUAAACACUGUUCCUAGUGGAGGGAGGGACAAUAUAUUCUGGGAGUAUUUCUAAUGAUUCUAUCUUUGUCAGUUUGAUUGGUUGAUUGCAUUUCUCAGUCAGUGUCUCUUCUCUCUUUUAAGUCAAUUCAGCCAGCAUCUUUUUUCUUCCUGUGAAUGUGGGGAGUUAUUUUGUUUCUCUAUGUUUAACUACUUGAAACCGAAUGGAAAAGAGCCCGCCAACUCUACUUAAGCUUUCUUCUAAUUGUUUGUAUGCAACAAAGUAAACCUGUUUUGAACAGUU